CAUUCACACACACACGUCUGGGAGGCGACUUGGCAUGCUGUGAGCCCAAAUAACUGAUGACAGUGGAGAAAAGAGUAUUUCUUAUGAAUGAGUGAGGGUCAAGCAUCGCUGGAUUGUUUGGAUCCCUAAAGCAGGACUGGUUACAGAAGCUAGUCACGCAUGCAGACCAUAGUGUAAACUGGGGUGUACGAUUAGAAAUUGGGAUUGAGUUCACUCCAGUGUUUGUGCAAAGUAGAACGAUUCAAUAGAGAUUUCUGCACAAGGGCGAAGAGUAAAGUCCAGGGGUCCCGUAAGGUGCCGAGCAUGUCUUUUGCAAUGGUGCGACCAACCCCAGGUCAUUUCUUGUGCUCUGAGAUCAGCAUGCACUCCGAGGAUGAUGACAACGGCAGUGAGGGUUCUGGAUCUGAUGACAAGUCCUUCCGAAUGGCCGGCCACGGCUACAGCACAUUUAAGUUGGGUGCUCGCAAAAAGAGGUACGGCUGCCGACCGGUAGCAGCUCCCAUCGAGCUCCGUUCUCAGAUCGUCGAGAUACACCAGAGGAACACCGCGAACGCCCGAGAGCGGGACCGCACGAACAGUGUGAACACGGCGUUCACCGCUCUGAGGACGCUCAUACCUACCGAACCAGCUGACAGGAAGCUGUCUAAGAUUGAGACGCUGCGGUUGGCCUCCAGCUACAUCUCACACCUGGGGAACGUGCUGCUGGUCGGAGAGGAGUGUGGAGAUGGCCAACCUUGUCUCAGGAGCUCGGGAGCCUUGUGUCAUCACCUCCACAACCUUCCAAAGAACUCGACACCCAGCCCGGACUCAAAAAACUCGCAGCCCAGACAGAUCUGCACAUUCUGCCUUAGUAACCAGAGACGGCUG